AACGAAUUUUUUCCUUCAUUUUUGUGGUCUUCGUAGAAAAUAAAGCAUAUUAAUAUAAGUUCCUUUUCCUUGUCAGUAAUUCAAAUAUAUAAUCUGAAGUUGAUGGAUGAGUAUGCGUCUGAGGUUAUACGUUUCGUAUGUGGGUCAUUAUCAGAUUUACAUGUGAAUCAAUUUGUGCAAAGUGGAGCAGUGGAAGCAACCUUUCAGGCUAUCAAGAAUGGCAUCCCUGAGAUUGCAAUCGAAUUAAUUUCAAAAGAUAAUAAUGCACAUAUAUUAUGGAGCAGUACAGACCUUGAAGAUUCAAGAAACAUGUUUACCUGUGCUGUAGCACAUCGCCAAGAGAAAGUGGCACACUUUCUUCAUAAAUUUGGUGCAAGCAAGGAAACAAAUAUGGUUACCACCAUCGAUGAAGAUGGGAACAAUACAAUACAUCUAGCUGCAAAAUUAGCUCCUCUUUCUCAACUAGAUCACAGCUCCGGUGCAGCUUUGCGGUUACAAAGUGAACUACGCUGGUUCAAGUCGGUGGAAGACAUUGUUCCACAGUUCUACAAAAGCCAGAAAAAUAAAGAAGGUGAAACUCCCACCCAAUUGUUUGUUAGGGAACAUGGGCAUUUGCUUAAAGAAGCAGAGGCAUGGAUGAAAAAAGUGGCAGAAUCUUGCACAGUCGUAGGUGCUCUUGCUAUUACCAUUUUGUUUGCAGCGACUUUCACAGUUCCUGGUGGGAACGAUGAAAAAACAGGCUUACCCAUAUUUUUGAAAAGUGGGACCGAUCCUUCUUCCACAGCAUCAGUAACUCCUCCUCCCACAGCAUCAAUAACUCCUCCUCCCACAGCAUCGAUAACUGUGGUACCGUUCAUGGUGUUUGCAAUCUCAGAUGCAAUUGGUCUUUUUGCUGCAUCCAGUUCAGUGCUAAUAUUUAUGGGGAUUCUCACUUCUCGAUAUGCUUUUCAAGAUUUCCAUAUAUCCUUACCCUUGAAGUUGAUUAUUGGCCUUUCUUCGCUCUUCAUCUCUAUUGCAGCAAUGAUGGUAGCAUUUUGCGCUACUCUUUUCAUGAUGCUAUAUGAUAGAUUGGGGAUGGUUAUUCCAAUAAUAUUUCUUGCUAGUAUUCCUGUCACUUUGUUUGCGUCGUUGCAGUCUCCUCUUCUUGUUGACAUUUAUACCUCAACUUUUCGCCCAGACAUUUUUUAUAGGAAAAUAGACUGGAAAAGCAGAAAGAGAGUUUGCUUGAGCUUAAAUAGGAGAUGGUGGUUCAGAACGAGGAAAGGAAGGAUGGUUAUCAUGUUGGGCGCUCUUUUUUCACUUUAUGGAAUAACUACAUAUACUAUUUAUAGAGCAAACUGAGUAACAUCUAUAUUCUGGUUAUCGUUACUCUCGUUACUAGUUCAAUCGAUCAAAUGACAGUACUCUAAAGACAGAAAUUUGUAAUGAAUUGAAAUCCCUCUCUUACUCUCUGUAAACAGAGGAUGUCACCUUAUUUUUUAUAAUAAGAGUCCAACGGAUCA